UUAAUGAUUCAUAAACAAAAUCAAAGGUUAUCAUUUUUAUUCACUCAUAAUUUUGUGUAGAAUAUAUCUUAAGUAGAGCAGCUAUUUAUUUGGUGCAUAGCUCCGAACUUCCAUUGUUGUUAGUUGUGAUCGUAUAAAAUAGUAAUUAUCACCAUGUGGCAGUUAUCUGCAGGCUUUGUCUUUUUGACCUUAACCCUAGUACUGGGUGGACCUGUGCACAUCCAUAUGCACCCAGAGGUAGCAAUUGUGGACUACAAUGGACCUUUACAUCAUGAAAUUUUCCAAAUAAUUCGUGGAGUCGAAAUACUCGAAAUUAUCAAUAGCAACAUAACAAGAAUGGAUGGAAAUAUGGUUUCGAAGCUGCCAAAGUUGAAGAAAAUUGUAUUCAUCAAUUGUACGGUUGACGUAGACGCUGUGGACAUUGAGAAUUUGUUCGAAGGUGCAGUGAAUCUUAGAGAAUUCAUUGCUAGACACAUAUACGCUAGAGAAUUGCACCCAGAAAUAAUAAGAAAACUCCCAAUAGAAGUUUAUAUCAUGACGGACAAUCAUUUCCCAAAAAUACCUGGUAAUUUAUUCAAUGAAACCAAGCUGAGGGUGUUAGAUUUAGCACGAAAUCAUCUCGAAACAAUCGACGAAGCUGCUUUCAACGGACUCAAUCUGUUGGAAAAACUCGAUUUGUCAACCAACAAAUUGACGAACCUUCCAGAAAACGCCUUGAAACCUUUGAAGGCUUUGAAAAUCUUGAUAUUGAAGGAGAAUAAGUUCACAAAAUUCAAUAUAAAAAGUUUGGCCAACCUCCCAAGUUUGGUCGAAUUGGAUUUGAGUAGUAACCCAUUGCAAGAGGUGGAUUUGGAUGGUGUGGAAAAAUUUACUCCCAAUUUAAGAAGCAUCGAUAUUUCUGGAUCUUCCCUAACUGAAAACCAGCUUAAGGAUUUGAAGACCAUGUAUACAGGAAUUCUGAAAUUGUGAAUAAUUAUUGGGUAAAGGAUGUUUUUCCAUGAAGAUAUUAUAUUUUUUGACAAUU